AUGUCUCAGUCGUCAUUAACAUGGUUGUCCGGGUUGAACCUUGAGUCGACUCCUCACAAGUACUUGAGAAGAUCGUCGAUUAUUGGGACCAUUGGUCCCAAGACCAACAGCGUUGAAGCCAUGGUCAAGUUGAGAAAAGCCGGAUUGAACAUUGUCAGAAUGAAUUUUUCACACGGGACCCACGAGUACCACCAGUCGGUGAUCGACAAUGCUAGAAAAUCGGAGCAAGUGUACAAGGGAAGACCCUUGGCCAUUGCGUUGGACACCAAAGGUCCCGAAAUCAGAACCGGCACCACCAUUGACGACAAGGACUACCCUAUCCCUUCCAACCACCAGAUGAUCUUCACCACCGAUGACGCCUACAAGACCAAGAGCAAUGACGAAAUCAUGUACAUCGACUACAAGAACAUCACCAAGAUGAUCUCGCCCGGCAAGAUCAUCUACGUCGACGACGGGGUCUUGUCGUUUGAGGUCGAGGCGGUCGUGGACGACAAUACUUUGAAAGUCAAGUCGAUCAACUCGGGAAGAAUCUCUUCGCACAAGGGCGUCAAUUUGCCCGGCACCGAUGUCGACUUGCCCGCUUUAUCCGAGAAGGAUAUCAGCGACAUCAAGUUUGGAAUCAAGAACAAGGUCCACAUGAUUUUCGCUUCCUUUAUCAGAUCUGCCCACGACAUCAAACAGAUUAGAGACAUCUUGGGCGAAGAAGGUAAAGAAAUCCAAAUCAUUGCCAAGAUUGAAAACCAGCAAGGUGUCAACAACUUUGACGAGAUCUUGCAAGCAACCGACGGUGUCAUGGUUGCGAGAGGUGACUUGGGUAUCGAAAUCCCCGCGCCGCAAGUGUUUAUCGUGCAAAAGAAGUUGGUUGCCAAAUGUAACUUGGCUGCGAAACCCGUUAUCUGUGCUACUCAAAUGUUGGAGUCGAUGACUUAUAACCCACGACCAACCAGAGCCGAAGUCUCCGACGUUGGUAACGCCAUUUUGGAUGGUGCCGACUGUGUCAUGUUGUCCGGUGAGACCGCUAAAGGUGAUUAUCCAUACGAGGCCGUGUCAAUGAUGCACAACACUUGUCUCAUUGCAGAAAAGGCCAUCGCCUACCCUCAGUUGUUCAAUGAAUUGAGAUCCUUGGCCAUCAAGCCAACGGCCACCACCGAGACCUGUGCCAUUGCCGCGGUUGCUGCUGCUUACGAGCAAGAUGCCAAAGCCAUUGUGGUCUUGUCGACAUCGGGCCACUCUGCCAGGUAUGUCUCGAAAUACAAGCCAGACGUGCCCAUCUUGAUGGUCACCAGAAACGAAAUCAGUGCCAAAUACUCGCACUUGUACAGAGGCGUUUACCCAUUUGUUUACAAAAAGGACAAGUUGCCCAACUGGCAAGAAGAUGUCGAAAAUAGAUUGAGAUGGGCUGUUUCCGAAGCUAUAGAUUUGGGAAUCGUCUCGAAAGGUGACUCGAUUGUCACCAUGCAAGGAUGGACCAGAGGCUCAGGUCACUCCAACACCGUUAGAAUCGUUCAAGCUUAA